CACACACACACACACAACCAAAGCCUUUUGGAUACAAGCGCUUUAGAGGAGACAAUGAGAGGCUUCCUGCUGACUGCAAUCUUUCUGCUGCCCUUGGUGGCCUCGGAGUCCGAGCACUGUAUAAUGAAGCGUGAACAUGAGAAAUGCUUGGAGAAUAUGGCGCUGCACAACCCCGCUGACGACCUUGAUAUAAUGUGUCCAUGGAUGUGGGACAAUCUGACCUGCUGGCAUGCGGCCAGUAUCAAUGAGGUCGUGGUGGUCAAUUGUCCAGAGCUCUUUCAUGACUUCAUGGGCCCUGAUGAUGAAAUGGGGAGGGUGAGUCGCAACUGUACGGAGGAUGGCUGGUCUGAACCUUUCCCUCACUAUGUGGACAUCUGCUUCCCCUAUGAAAACACUACAGCAAGCAAACCUGACCCGUACUAUCCAUCGGUCAAGGCCCUGUACACAGUUGGCUACAGCACAUCUCUGGUGUCUCUCACUACAGCCAUGGUCAUCCUCUGCAGAUUUAGGAAGCUCCACUGUACCAGGAACUUCAUUCACAUGAACUUGUUUGUGUCCUUCAUCCUGAGAGCCAUCUCAGUCUUCAUCAAGGAUGGCGUGCUGUACUCUCAGGAGGACAGCGACCACUGCUUCACACACACAGUGGCGUGUAAAGCAGUGAUGGUUUUCCUCCAUUACUGUGUCAUGUCCAACUAUUUCUGGCUGUUCAUUGAAGGUCUGUAUCUCUUCACUCUACUGGUGGAGACUUUCUUUCCUGAAAGACGCUACUUCUACUGGUACACCAUCGUAGGAUGGGGGACUCCCACCAUCUGUGUCACUGUUUGGGCAGUUCUGAGGCUCCACUUUGAUGACACUGGAUGUUGGGAUACAACUGAGAACACUGCCCUCUGGUGGGUGAUCAAAGGACCAGUUGUAGCCUCCAUAAUGAUCAAUUUUAUUCUGUUCGUUGGGAUUAUCAUUAUCCUGGUCCAGAAGUUGCAGUCACCUGAUAUUGGAGGGAAUGAAUCAAGCAUUUACCUGCGUCUGGCGCGCUCCACCCUCCUGCUCAUCCCCCUGUUUGGUAUUCACUACACUGUGUUCGCCUUCUCACCUGAAGAUGUCAGCAAAAAGGAGAGACUGGUCUUUGAAUUGGGACUUGGAUCCUUCCAGGGCUUUGUGGUCGCUGUCCUCUACUGUUUCCUCAAUGGAGAGGUGCAGUCGGAGAUCAAGAGGAAAUGGCGCAGCUGGACGGUGAACCGGUACUUUGCUGUGGACCUGAAGCAGCAGAGGCACCCUUCAUUGGCCAGCAGUGGAGUGAACGGUGGGACUCAGCUAUCCAUCCUCAGCAAGAGCAGCUCCCAGAUACGCAUGUCCAGCCCUCUGGCGGAGAACGCCAACAUCAGCCUCCCCACCUGA